GAGCCAGCCAUCUGCGAGCAGAGGCUCAGAACGUCUGGUAAUCAGGAGUGCUGCGCAACUCUUCUGGUCAUCUUUUCUUAAACUAAAAAAUAACAAUGGCAUAAAAGAGCCUGUCGAUAGAGAAGCAGCUCUUAGUAGAAACGGACAGCGAACUCUGACGACUUACUCCGUAAAUUCUGAGCUCUAUAAAUCUUAAAACUCUUGUACAGUACUUCUGCUCAUGUUGUCACCGUGAUCAGUCUUCCGGUGAAAAUGAGGUGAAGUGUUGUCCGGCGCUUUUCUUGACCUCAACCGAAUGAUGCUCUGGUCUUCUUUGAAAAUUCUUAACAUCGGUUGAAAAAGCGCCUUUGGAAAUUCAGUGUUUCUCUACCAAGCUUGCAAACAUGGAAAAAUAGCAAUUUUUAUUUGAAAGAAAAUCACAGUUUGGCAUCCAUAAACUUAAGUGAGAAUGUUUCAACUGACUGAAAACGAAAAAAUCAUCAUCUUGUCAGUAUGCAUCGGUUUGCUGGCUUUCACAAUAGUGGUUACAGUGUGCGUCGUUGCUCCAACAUGUUGGCUACAUAUCUGUCUCAAAAAAUUAGCGAAAAAACGGAAGAUGCAAUAUGGAAAUAUUGAAGGUCUGGAAGAAGGUACAUACAUCAAACUGACAGGAACACCUCAGUAUACGGUGGAAUGUGGACCGCCUGUUCGAACAAACAGUAAAAACAGCUCUUUCCAUGGAGGUGGUAAGAAUGGUCGUAAAAGAGAAGACUCUACUUACAGCAGCAUGUCUUCCAGCAGUCAAGGCAAUGCGACUGUUUCGAAUUACAGUGAACCUUCAAUUGAUGCUCCUAUCAGUGAUAAUGAACAAGAUGUCAAUUAUGGACAAGUCACAUUCAGUGUCUGGUGCCGCAUGCCUGAUGGUGCUAAUCUCGGGGAAUUAAUUGUAGUCUUGAAGGAAGCUCAGGAUCUACCCCCAAGAUCUUACGGAGGAACAUGUGAUCCGUAUCUUAUACUUCAAUUAUUUCGAGAUAAAGGUAGAAAAAGAUGGUCAAAAUCCAGCUCUUCAAUGCUUUACGAAUUUCGAACCACUUCGAAGAAAAAGACGCAACACCCAAUUUUUAAGGAAACGUUUAUUAUGGAAGUGAGCAAAUCAGACCUUAGAGAAGAUUCCUUGAAGAUCUCUGUAUUUGAUGAUGAAAAGUACGCCAAUGAUUCUGAACUUGGAGAAGUGACCAUUCCUCUUCGAGAGCUACCUUUCAGUCGAAAUGGUGAAGAAAAUAUUACUACACUGAAUUUCUUGGAACCAAGAAAGGAAAACGGAGAUAUUCUUUUUGGACUAAGCUACUUACCGACUGCUGAAAGACUGACUUUCAAUUUGGUAAAAGCACACAACUUAAGAAUAACAGCUGAUAAUAUCGAAACAUUCGCACCAUUCAUACGUGUUCUACUGAUGCAAAAUGGCAAACUACUGAAAAAGAAGAAAACAACGUCAAGACACAGUACAACCAACCCAGUAUUUAAUGAAUCACUAACUUUCGAUGUACCACCAGCUCAGCUUGACCACGUGAUUUUCCUCAUUGUGGCUAGCCACCGUGACCCCCAAGAUGAAUCGCUUUCUUCGCCAGACAGUCCAACAUCACCACCCAAUAGCUCCGGGGCAAGGAAAAGUCGCCAUAUCGGAAAAGUCGUAAUUGGUUCUUCUGUGAAAGGAUUGGCUCUGAAUCACUGGAAGGCAAUGAAACAGUCUCCAAGGAAACAAGUAACGCAGUGGCAUACAUUUAGGUGAAGAAUUUAAAACAACAGUGACUAAAAUAACCUGAAGGGGGUAAUGCCAAUUUAAAUAUUAUGGGGGGGAGACCCUUAAGUUAUUUUUUAAAAAAACUUUUGGUUAAGCAUACAGUGGAAAGAAAAUUAUUAUUACGCACAUCGCACAAAUAAGAGCAGUUUGCGAUAAAUGGAGCACAAAUAAUUAAAUUAUAAAAACUGAAAUUGUACCGAAUUCGAAACUCAAACAAAUUUUUAAUAAAAACAUGAUUCCUCUGAAAACAAACAUUCAUUGUAAAAACGAGAUUAAAUAUUGCUUAAUAAUUUACUUGCAUCGCUGCUAUCUACAAGCCUUAACAGUUAUUUAAAGCUUUAAAACAUGUUUUGUUGAAAUGAAUCUUAUGCUAGUGACUAAAAUUAAAAUACUUAACAGGCAAUGCUUUAUUAUAAAAGCUAACAUGUUUAGCCAUAAUCACCACAUCUGCUGUUCUGAAAUUUCUAAUCAGUAAUAUUCGUAUCAGUGUUUUAGCACUUGAACACAUAUACAAUAAAUGUAAGUUUUAGCUACCCAUAGAAAUGUAUGAAUCUGUGUCAAAUAAAAAAUGGCAGCUAUAGGUUAUUCCUCUUCAAUAACCUUUCAAAGAUUUUAACAAAAUGUACUUUGUGUUCUAAACCAAUGAAACUGAUGAGUUUCAUAUUGCAUUAGAAAUCCUGAGUCGAAUUUAUCUUUAUAUAUUUGCCUAUAAAAUAUUAAAUUAUUUAAAAGUAUUUUCUACAGAACUCUGGGCUUUAUUUGCAUAGUUUCUUCCAUUUAAAAUUAUGACCAGUUUGGAAUUAGAUGCACAGAGCUACGGCGGCCACUUUUAACAAAGAAAUGUGUAGCAGCCAUUUUGAAAGUCCUAAAAUAAAAUAUUUAAAGAAAGGUCAUAACAUAUUAGAAAAUACAAUCUUUUCUUUGUUUAAAAAAUACAGAUCGUGAAAAAUGAUACCUAUUUUAAACGAAAUGACUUUUUU